CUUGUCAAGAGAAAGGCGAGUCAAACAACCGUUCCAGCAAUCUGUACACAAAGUGACAAAAGUUAUAACGUUCGCUAAAACCCAUAGUGGAAAAACAAGAGCAUAUUCUUCUCUUCUCCGGCGACGCUCUCUUCUUCGCUUUCUCCUUUUUGCUUAAAUUUGCCGGUGAAUUUCUCUCUUCAGUAUCUACAACCUCAAGAGAGCGUUAGUUCUUCCGUUGCUGAAUUUGGUUUCUCAGAGAAUCUUUUGCUGCCGCCACUGCUUCACAGUGCUGCGUGGUUUGUCUUUGAUGGAGAGAGCGAGGAGCGAGAGAAGAUGAAGAGGGUCUACUCGACAAUCUAAAGCAACCAUGCUUUAGAUUUCACUCAAGGAAGUGAUAUUUUCCUGAAGAUAAAUAUUUGAAACAUUUUAUUGAAAGAUACUUGAAUAGAAAUUUGUAUGACUGCUAUGCUAUGAAGGUGCAUACAUAUAUUUAGUGGUGCUGUUGCUAAUCAAUCAUUGGAAAGAGUCCUUGUGGCAGCGCUCAAGACACCUCUGAGAUAAGAGGUAGAGAAGAAGAAGUGUAAAAGCUCGUGUUGGCAUAUUAUCUCGACAGCAUGGAUGGGAACUCCUUUUGGGUUGAAGAAGUCAAGGAUCAGUUACCCGUUUCUUCGAAAAGAAAGAGAAAUGUCAAAAUCAAGAAACUAGAGUUUGUUGGAUGGGGAUCCAAACCGUUGAUUGAAUUCCUUCAAUCAAUUGGUAAAGAUACAAGCAAAACAUACUCUCAACAAGAGGUGACGGCGUUUGUCACUGAAUAUGUAAAUUCAAAUGGUCUUCUUAAUCCACAAAAGAAAAAGAGGGUAAUGUGUGAUGCGCGACUUCAUUCCCUUUUCGGAAAGAAAACUAUACCGCGGAUAAAAAUCUAUGAUUUGUUGGAAGUGCACUUCAGUGUGAACCAUGAUGAAUCAGAGGAUGAAUCUUCUAACAGUUCAAAAGAGGAGGAUAUUUUAAUAGCAUCUAAGGGAAGAAAAAGUAUAGGGAGUCCAAAGAAAAAGGUUCCUGUUGUUCCUAAAAGCUGUUUUGCCGCUGUUAUUGCUGAAAACAUUAAGCUUGUGUACUUGAAGAGGAGCUUAGUUCAGGAUCUUCUGAAGAACCCUGAAAGUUUCGAAGAUAAAAUUGUGGGUAGCUUUGUGAGGGUAAAAUCCGACCCAAACGACUACUUUCAGAAAAACUCUCACCAGCUUCAGCAAGUUGAAGGUGUAAAAAAGAUUACGGCAGCAGCCAGUGAUGCUGCUUUUGAAAUUCACCUUCAACUUUCAAAUUUGAUGAAAGACAUUCCAAUAUCGUCCUUAUCUGAUGAUAAUUUUUAUGAGGAAGAAUGUGAGGAUUUGCGUGAAAGAACAAAAGCUGGUUCACUCAAGAGGCCUACUGUUUUAGAGCUUGAGUCAAAAGCGCAAGUUCUGCACAAGGAUAUCACCAAGCAUUGGAUUGAGAGAGAAGUUGUGUUGUUACAAAAGCGCAUUGAUCAUGCCAAUGAAAAGGGAUGGCGCAAACAACUGUUUGAGUUUCUGGAGAGGAAGCAGCUUCUACAAACAAAAAAAGAACAGGAUAGACUCUUUUCCGUGAUGCCAAAAGUUGUAGCUGAGGAAUUAGAGCCUGAAGUUAAAACUGUUGAUGCCCUAGAAGAAAAUGUAGUGGAACAAGAAAGAGAAAAUGGUUGUUCACCAAAGUCAAGUCCUAAUGGAGCUACUGACAUUUCUGGUGCAGGAGAUACCGUGAUCCCAUCUAAUAGGAUUUUCAUAAAUGGAGAUGCAUUCACUGCUGAUGGAAAUGAUCAACACGCAGACAUGAUUCAAGAACAAAGAGAUACUACCAUUUCUGUAAGAGUUGAAAGAAGUGGAGAAAUGCAGGUCAUGGCCUCUGGAGAAGAUGUCGUCACUCAACAAGUACAGGUCCAGGAGACUCAAACUGAGGUAAUUGAAUUGAGCGAUGAUGAUCCAGAUGUUGAGGACCAACAAUAUGGAAAACAAUCUACUGAUUUGAACCCUGAAGUAGCAAUUUGGCACUAUCUGGAUCCUCAUGGUAUUAUACAGGGUCCUUUUCCUUUGACAUUGUUGAAAUGCUGGAGUGAUGCUGGUUACUACUUCGGGCCAAGCUUCAGUGUGUGGAUGGUUGGCCAAAGCCCACAAGAAGCUGUCUUGUUGGUUGAUUUGCUUCGCUACUUUUUCCCCGUCCAAUGAAUCACUGGACUUCCAUAAAAGUUGUUUCAAAGUUGUCAAUCAUGGUUGCUGAGUUAAAAAAAAAAGAGGUUCUUUUGCUUCGUAAAUGUCUUUAUUUUAUGAUCAUUGAUCCAUAGUAGAGUAAUACAUCUAGCUCAUGAAAAUAGGAUCAAUCCUUGCAGCCAUUGCUGCAUUUUAUGUUUGCAAGUACUGUUACUAGUCAAUUUAACUUCUCAUUGAGGUGGCCCUUUAGAGUUCGUACAAAAAGAUGCUUUGUAAUGUGAAGUGAUGAACAGAAAGAACUCUUUCUGUUACCAGUCAAUAAUGUGGCUUUUUAGCAGUUAGCACAGCAAAA